AGACUUCUGUCGACGUUCAAUUGAAGCUUGAACUCUACGCUCAGGGCUUCGCGGAGACCCCUAGUACCCUGGACUCGAUCAGCGUUCCCAAGAAGAUGAACUCACUCAAGAAAUUGACAUCCUUGUGGCGGUCUGAUUUUUAUGUCAACACUGUUUUCCAAGACACAGUGGCUGUGGCAUUCGGAUGGGAGAAUACUUCAGCUUCUUCAUUGUCCGUGAAAUGUGGGAUUUGGUGGAUGUACCAGCAAAGGGGCGACCUCUACAUUCGGGACUGCAAGACAGUCACUGCACACUCCCAUACGUGGCCCAGGACUCGUCUGUCCUCGAGCGGGUUGCCGCUGAUGUCAGUUAUCGUCGACCCACUGCAGGAUCUUGUAGUUACAUUCUCAUCGCAUCGUUUCUUGAAUGUGGUCCAUUCUGGGCAAUUCUGCCACGUAGUUUUCAGUGGACUUUCGAUUGGCUUCAUCCCAGCUUCCACAUCCGGACUCUACGUGCGCUUCCUUGGACUGCAAACACUACUUGCGGAUUCGAUAAACCUGGUGCCUUCGUUUAUCUUGCGGGCACGCCCGCAAUCUGCGGGGAUCGUGUAGUUGCCCUCUAUUACUUCUCCGAGUACCACUCACCGGAGGGAGCGUCCACCAUGUCCAUGCUAGUGAUAGACUGGAGGAAAGGACAUCUAAAGAGACAUCCUUUAUGUGAACGAGGCGGAUUACAAGUAACGUUCCAUCUGGUUGAUGAACGGACGAUGGUUACCGUCGGCUCGGAAGGUCGUAUGACUGUGUACACAUUGCAAGGACCUGAUGGCGAACCUCAGCGCCAAUUCGCGUAUCUCCUUCCGAACAUGAACCCCGGAAUCCAUGUUAUUUAUGCUACUCCAUUGUUUCAUGGUGUCGCAGCUCGCCCAGACCUGAUGCCCAGCUACGUGCCCUCUCUGGAGUCACAAAUUAUGGUUUUAGAAGUUCUCACCAACUCAUGGCCCGUGAUCGUAGUCAUCGAUAUGGUCAUCUUCUCAGAAAAGGCCAUACAAUCAGCGACUUCUGUAGAUAUUCCGUGGUCGGACUGGGGACCCAAGUAUACGUGUUGUUUUCCGCAUCACCCAAGCCAUCGAAUCAGCGUUUUCGGUAGCAAAAUGGCCUAUGCUCUGCCCUCGAAAUAGCACCCCUGAACCUGGAGAAAGAAUGGGAGCGCUCUCUGACUCGGACUACUUCUACGUGCACAUCUGGGACUUCAAUGAGCGAUUCAUCGCUCGUUCGAAAGCCAUCCGUGACCCCACCACAUCAGACCUUGUCAUUCGCAAGCCUGGUCGGCAAGCUCAGUCGUGCCUCGGUGAAGACAUGAUCCCGGAUCAUCCUUACAUUGCUGCCGUCUGCCUGGAGCCGUUUGCGAUGGAUUGCUUUGACAGGUUUGUCUUGGAC